AUGCCGUUCCCCUUUGGCAAGUCCCACAAGUCGCCGACGGACAUCGUCAAGAACCUAAAGGACAGCAUGACGGUGCUUGAAAAGCACGACAUCUCUGACAAAAAGGCUGAGAAGGCCACAGAAGAGGUGUCAAAGAGUUUGGUGGCCAUGAAAGAAAUUCUAUAUGGGACUAAUGAGAAAGAGCCCCAGACUGAAGCGGUGGCCCAACUCGCUCAAGAGCUCUACAACAGUGGCUUGCUCGGCACACUGAUAGCAGACCUACAACUCAUUGACUUUGAGGGCAAGAAAGAUGUAGCGCAGAUCUUCAACAACAUCUUGAGACGUCAGAUUGGCACACGGACACCUACAGUGGAGUACCUCUGUACCCAGCAGAACAUAGUUUUUAUGUUGCUAAAAGGGUACGAGUCUCCAGAGAUUGCCCUAAACUGUGGGAUCAUGUUGAGGGAGUGCAUCCGACAUGAACCCCUGGCUAAAAUCACACUGUGGUCAGAGCAAUUUUAUGACUUCUUCAGAUAUGUGGAGAUGUCCACGUUUGACAUUGCCUCAGAUGCAUUUGCCACUUUCAAAGACCUCCUCACAAGACACAAGCUACUGAGUGCAGAGUUUCUUGAACAACAUUAUGACAGAUUCUUUAGCGAAUACGAGAAAUUACUCCACUCUGAAAACUACGUGACAAAAAGGCAAUCUCUUAAGUUGCUGGGAGAGUUACUUCUUGACCGGCACAACUUCAGCAUCAUGACCAAAUACAUCAGCAAGCCAGAAAAUCUGAAACUCAUGAUGAAUUUGUUACGCGACAAGAGCCGCAACAUUCAGUUUGAGGCGUUCCAUGUUUUUAAGGUGUUUGUGGCCAACCCCAACAAGACGCAGCCCAUACUGGAUAUCUUACUGAAGAACCAAGCCAAGCUCAUCGAGUUCCUCAGCAAGUUCCAGAAUGAUAGAACAGAGGACGAACAGUUCAAUGAUGAAAAGACCUACCUGGUCAAACAAAUCCGGGACCUCAAGAGGCCCGCCCCGCAGGAGGCCUGA